CGUGCCAAAAUGUUCGGUACAACUACUUUGAUAAGCAGAUCGUUCUUAGCGCUUUUGAUAAUACUGACAUUAUAUUUCCUUGGAAUGGAUCUUCUGCUAUAUUCCAGAAUACAGAACUAUGCUAUAAGACCAAUACCAAAUGACACACAAUACACCUCAAUUAUACCCUGUGAUUUUAAUCCACUGUGCACAGUGACUGUAAAAGGAAUGAUGUUGGAUCAUCCAAAUCAUUUCCUUCUAAGCCCUUUGGCAGCUAUAAUGGACAAUCUGGUACAAAUAAGCAGCUCCUGGACAUGGGUCACACCAAACAUGAUCAGUUGUUUCCAUGUAUUAAUAGCAAUAUUGUCUGGCAAAUGUGUUUCCAGUGAUUCAUUGUCUUAUAGACGGCUUGGUGUGAUACUGUUUCUAGCAAGAACUUGGUUAGAUGAUCUUGAUGGACAUGUUGCCAGAAAAAGAGCAAAUAUUUCUGGAGAAAGAUCAGAUGCUGGCUCUACAGGAUAUAUGGUCGAUGGACUUUGCGAUGCUGUUGGCUGCGUUGCUUUGAUCAUUGGCCUAUACCAGUUUCUUGCACGUAACUCAAGCAGACGCGGAGGGUAUGACAAGCUUUCACAGCUUCCAGUUUCCUCAGUUGUGGAGCCUGGAAAUCUGACUUCAAAGACCUCUAAUGCAGCUCUUCGUAAUAUACUAUUCAUGACCGUCCAUUUGUUCCUGACUAGUGCUGCUUGGAACCGGUAUAUAUCCUUGUACCAGGAUCUUUUGGAGACUGAAUACAGAACACCAUCGAUUAGCAAGGAACAUCUCUAUGUCAAACAAACAACUAUAUUCAGAAGUUUGUCUUUUUGGGUGAUAGUACUAUGCUGGAAAUUUGUCAAUUUUCAUGCAGCUAUGGAUUACCUGCUUCUGGCAAUAUUUUUUGAUCGUCUGAGGGAAUAUAUGAAACUUGUGAGAUGGUCUUCGUUUGUAAUUAUAUUGCUACUUGUUUAUGUAACCGAAUUUCAUUUUUUACGGGCCUAUACAUAUGUACAAGGUGUACCAUCGUAUAUUGACGAAGAGAUAUCUUCUUCUGAUUAUCUUCUGGAGGCAGGAUGGUGUACAGACGGAAAAAUGAUCGGUAUCACGGAACCGAGAAGAGUCGCAGCCACCUCUUUAGCUAAUCGCGUCGGCGACGAACGAAAUUGUAUUUUAGGCACCGAAGUUGGUUAUUCUAUUCGUUUCGACAAUUGUACAGAUGAAACAACAAAAAUCAAGUAUAUGACAGAAGGAAUUUUGCUCCGGGAAUUAAUGAAUGAUCCUCUACUGACCAGUUAUUCAGUCAUUGUUGUAGAUGAGGUACACGAAAGAACUCUUCUUACCGAUAUUAUCAUGGGUCUCUUGAAGAAGAUCAUUAGGAAAAGGAAACGAUUAAGGAUCGUUGUUUGUUCUGCAACGGUUGAUGCAGAACAAUUGAGGGAUUUUUUUAAUACGAAUACUACUAAAGACUCAACGAAAGAUACGGCGAUAAUUUUGACUGUUGAGGGAAGAUUAUAUCCGGUUGAUAUUUUUUAUGUGAAAGAGCCAGUAGCAAAUUACGUAACAAGUGUAGUAGACACGGCAUUGAAGAUUCAUGAAACUGAAGAAUCUGGCGAUAUUUUAGCCUUCCUUACCGGUUUAGAUGAAGUAGAUCAAGCGGUUUCUCUUUUAUCAGAGCAUGCAAAGCUUAUAAAAGAAGGCAAACAGAAACUUUUACCUCUGGCUAUGUACGGAUCCCUUCCGAACUCGGAGCAACUGAAAGUAUUUUGGAGGGCUGCCAAAGACACUCGUAAAGUAAUUGUAGCGACAAACAUUGCUGAAACAUCUAUCACCAUUCCGAACAUUGUUUAUGUAAUUGAUUGCGGUUUUGUCAAAAUUCCUUGGUAUGAAGUGGAAACUCAGACAAAUUCUUUGGUAAUUGUUCCUGUAUCUAAAGCUUCUGCUGAUCAAAGAGCUGGUAGAGCAGGACGUGUUAGAACAGGCAAAGCAUACAGAUUAUACACAGAACAAGCGUACUCUGAAUUAUUCGAAUCAACUCCACCAGAAAUGCAGCGUUCGGAUCUAGCACCAGCCAUCUUACAAUUAAAAGCUUUAGGGAUUGACAAUGUUUUAAGAUUCAAUUUUCCCUCUGCUCCGCCAAGCAAAAACCUGCUCACAGGACUAGAAUUACUUUAUGCAUUAGGUGCAAUUGACAGUAAUGGAGAAUUAACAGCACCAUUAGGUUUAACAAUGGCAGAAAUGCCUUUAGAACCUGUCUUGGCAAAAUCGCUCAUAGUAUCAGGAGAAAUGGAGUGUUCUGAAGAGUUGUCGAUCAUUUUAGCAAUGCUUCAAGUGCAAAAUGUCUUUAUUAGACCUGCUGGAGGUCAAGCUGCUAUUAAAGCAAGAAUAGCGCACAGGAAAUUUGAGGUCGAAGAAGGAGAUUUGUUAUCGUUUCUUAACGUGUACACUGCGUAUGAGAAAAAUAAAACGCCAAGCUGGUGUCAGAAACAUUUUCUUAAUCAUAAGGCAUUGAGGAGGGCUACUGAAAUUAAAGCACAAAUGCAUUGUAUGAUGAGAAGAUUGGAUAUUCCAUUGAUUUCUUGCAAUGGAAAUGUGCAACAAAUAUUGAAGUGCCUGACAGCAGGUCUUUUUCCUAAAGCGGGGUAUUUACAUUACACUGGAGUAUACAAAACAGUGCGUGGUAAUAGAGAUUUGUACAUACAUCCAAACAGUUGUUUGUAUACGCUUCAACAACCUCAAUGGUUACUUUUCUGUGAAGUUUUACAGACAAAUAAAACUUAUAUGAAGGACAUAACUGUGAUACAACCAGAAUGGUUAUUAGAAUUAGCUCCGCAUUUUUAUGAAAAGAAGUCCCUUGAACCCAUUUAAUUCUAUUUUUGUAAAUUACUUUAAUAAUAAAAAAGAAAAAAAAUUAA